AUGGUUGAUCAAGGAAGGGAUAUACAUCUUGAACGAGUGAUUGCGAUCAAAUAUGGCAGCCACGAAAGAGAAGUGCUACGAAGUUUCCAGAAAGUUUCGAUAAAAUUAGCGAAAACCAACAAUCGUGUGAAGUUCUUGCUGAACUGUCGGAAAUGCAAAGUGAUACCAGUGUGCCUUAACUACAAAGUGCAUGUCAAUCUGGAAAAUGAGGAAUCACAUAGGCAAAUGGAAAAGGUGUUGUUCAAGCAAAAGAUCAGAAUAUUGAGCAUACUGAUAGCAGAUGCGAAAAGAUCAUUAUCCAGAUCGAAGAAAGUGAAAGCAGAGUUGGGGAGCAAAAUGGACCGGCUACUGCAGAAAGAAGACUUCGAACAAGUAAGGAAAAUGGUGGAAAAUAAAGCUGUGAAUGUGUACGUGGCCACGAGAGAAAUUGAGAUGAAGAAAAUUGAGAAACUCAAGAGAAGGAGAGUCGUGAACUUGAGUUACGAACCAAGUUGGGUGGAAAAUACUACCAGUUCACCCAUACCCGACUUUCUCGAACGUACACUGAUGCUAGGUCCCAACUACAAUGUACCGAAUCGGGAGAACUUUCCUUACAUCGAGAUCGUGGCAGACAUCGACAAAGCAAUCAAGUACAAGGAGGAGGUGGAGGAAAUUCGAGCUGAAGUAGUAACGGCAAUGUCCAAUUUCAUCAAUUUCAACAAACAACCACGUCACCACCAUCAGGAAUGGAUUGCUAAGGAUGUUGGAAGAAGCAGGAAAUUUCUGAAGGAAAACCCAAACCUGUUAAUCACCAAAGCAGACAAGGGCACCAAAACAGUCAUCCUAUCGAAAUGGAGGAAAUGCUACAAGACUCCAGCAUACGAGAAAAUCUCAUUUUAUCCGAAGGCACGGGUGUCCCGCAAAAUAAAAUUAAUCUUGGAUGGAUGGAAAGAAAACAAAUACAUUGAAUCUAAGAUCCACAGAAGGCUCAAUGUAUCAAAUUGCAAUCUUCCACGCAUAUACGGUCUUCCAAAAAUCCACAAAGAAGGAAGACCAUUACGCCCCGUGGUGUCAACAAUUGGAUCUACCACGUACAGGUUGGCACAGUACUUGUCAAACAUCCUGGGAAAAGUCGUCGGAAAAACGGAUUCCCAUGUUAUCAACAGCUUCACUUUCGCAACAGAAGUAUCAGGAACGCAGAUCGAUGAGGACGAGGUAAUGUUUUCGCUUGACGUCACAUCUCUAUACACCAACGUACCGGUGGACUACGCAAUAGAGUGUAUAAACCAACGCUGGGGAGAAAUUGAAGACCAUACACCGAUCGACCAACACAGUUUUGUGGCAGCCGUUCAACUAGUAUUGGAAUCAACGCUCUUCGUGUAUGGAGGUGUCUUCUACAAACAAACGUUCGGUGUUCCCAUGGGUUCUCCACUAUCGCCUGUGGUUGCUAAUCUUGUAAUGGAGCGACUGGAACAAGAGAGCAUACGCACGCUGCAGGCUAAGGAAAUAGUGAUGAAGCUUUACCGUCGCUACGUGGACGAUUGUUUCUGUAUUGCCAAAACACAACACAUAGACACAAUCAUUAACACGUUCAAUGAAUUUCAUGAGAAAUUGAACUUCACGAUAGAGAAGGAGAAGGAACACAAACUCAAGUUUCUAGACAUGACACUAGACAGGACAUCUCAACACAUUAAGAAAAUUUGGACACCAAAACAGACGAAUGGGAGGUAUCUGGACUUCCACUCUGACAGCCCAUUUCAACAUAAACGAAACACCGCGAUGGCAUUGAUAGACCGAGCAAUUAAAUUAACAGACGCAACAGAAAGACACAACACCAUCACAACAUGUAUGCAAUUCCCUGCGGUGCAGGUGACAACAAAGUCUACGUGGGACAAACAGGCCGUAUGCUGGAAACACGAAUCAAUGAACAGAACCAGCAUAAGGAAAAGGGAAGCAAAGACUGGCCUGGCACAACAUUAUAUGACAGAAGGACACAAUUUUGAUUUUGGAAAUACGGAAAUUUUAGAACGGAUAGAAAACCAGGAGAGCACGAUCAUCGCAGAGGCCUUCCACAUAAAGAUGAUGGGAAACGAUGCAACGGUGAACCUACAACGAGAAUGCGGUGGAAUUGACUCGGCGUACAACACACUAGUGUGCAAAAUCCGAUCGUUACACAAACGAACAGCAACUCGGUAG